CUCCCUCCCUCUUCCCCUCACGACAUCCAUCGUCCAUCAGACCAACUUCCCGUGACCUGGGCUCGAGCGCUGGUGUUGAUGUGUGACUAGGUCCGCUCCUGCCAAGACCACAUCCAAAGGAGGAUCGAUCGAAGCGAGAGGGAUGGGCAAGCGAAAGAAGAGCACCCGCAAUGUGGGAGGCUCCAAGAAGCGGGAGCCGCUCGACACAGUCUUCAAGUGCCUAUUCUGCAAGCACGAAAAGGCGGUGACGUGCAAGAUUUCCGAUGGCAACGCGACACUGAUCUGCAAGAUCUGCGGUCAGUCCUUCUCCUGCCGCACCAACGCAUUGACGGCGCCGAUUGACGUCUACAGCGAAUGGAUCGAUGCCACAGAGGAGGUCAAUGCUGGGGCGUAGCUGCUAAUGAAAUCACAUUUUGAGGAGGGGUAUUGUCCAUGAUAAAGACAAGCGUGCACACUGGACGCCAUGCACUUGUGAUAAGCGAGUUCUGAGAGCACGCAGUCAAGAAAGGAAUUUUCUACAGGGAACCCU